AUGCCACUCGCUCACAACCACUCUCUAUUUAUAAAAACCAACGAAAAAUGGUGGUUCGAAUGGCACUCGGCGCCUCAAACCUGGAAUUGUGACUUCUAUAAAUACAUAUCGGAUUUCCACUUGAUACCUAUUGGAACCUCACUGGAAGAUCGUCAAAUUGCUAUGAAAAAGUUGCAAAAAGUGUUGAGAUUCGCAAAAGUUGAAGAUGAAUAUAUAGAGAAAAUAAUGAGGGAUACAUUGGAGAGUGACACGAAACAUGCCACACAUAACUCCGACUUGAGUCAGCAGGUUUUGGAGCAGGUCCAAACCGACCCCUAUGUCCGCCACUAUCUCCAUCGAAUCUACUAUUUCGACUACAUUGCAUUUGGAAUGAAGCUACCCAAAUUCUUCAAUGGACAAGAUUUUCCAAAAGAAUUUAUUCCUCGGUCUUAA